AUGCCUCUGAACCCGUUCCAACCAUGCGAGGGCUCGCCAAUCCCCGAGGGCCCACCAACCUUUCAAGAGGAAUAUCGAGGCAGCUAUAUACCAAGGGUUAUCAAAACAGGAUUUGGCCUCCAGGUUGUGGCUCCGGAUACUCCAUACGUGGCAGUGGCCGGCCCGAACCAGUUAUACUUCAUCAACACCCGGCUCGAUACUGAGACUGCAAAGCACAUGAAGGAAAAUAUCGAGAAAGCCAGCGUGCUGAAGGAGGACGAAUACAUCGCCAUAGACGAGAUUACAGCAACGGCGGAAGUAAAAAGCGUCGUGACUGGCGAAACAACAUUUGUGUUUGACCCUUCCUUUGCCAGGAUGGCGUUUGCCAGGGGAAUGAACAGGCACAACCCAGAGCUCAAACUGCCUGAGCCGGAGCCCGCUGGCGAUUGGUUGGUGACUUACGACCUGGACAAUAGUCUUCUUGGAAAAGUAACCGAGGAAGGAGGAUAG